CGCCAGGUGACGCAAAAUGUAAAUAACAGCUUUUUUUUAGUUUUUGGCAAACAUUGCUACGGCUCAAAUUUGAUAUAUCUCCAUUGGUAGUUGUGGAACGAUUUUGGCAAAAAUUUCGCCAUGGAAAGUCUCCUAGAGUCUAGUAGAAUACAUUUCAACCGUUAUCUAGCGUGACCAUGUUAUCUUAUCAGAGUGAAGGAAACGCUGCUUUCGGAUCAAAUGUGAUUUCACAGUGUCUUAUUAGCCUGGUAGAGUAUAUUUCACCAGUUCACGUUUGUUCCACUCGGAUAGUUUUGUGUUAAGGUUAUUUUUCGGUUAAUAUUCAUGGUUUUUUCAGUUUUAUUUUAGUUCUCAAGAUUAGAUAGUGUUCUAUAUAGUACAUCCAACCUCUAUGGUCCUGUGUCGUGUCGAUAGUGUUCUAGUUCCAUGUCAAUUUGGCGUUGCGCAAGUGUCGGAAAUCAUAUAGGUUAUAUCUGUGACAGGACAAGAAUUCGGUCAAUUUUUGUUCCCACAACACUUACAGCUGUGAUUUCAAAAAACAAGUACUUAUUUGGUAGAAACUGUGAAAAGUCAUCCAAUUGCGUUUACAAUGUCCAAAGAAAUGCGGCUUCUGAAGCUCUGCAAGGGAACUUUCGGCCAGGUAAGUAUUUUCACAUCGUAAUACGUUACAUAAUGAAAAUUAUUCCACGAUUAAAUCGUUUUAGAUUCGAGGUUUGCACCUUACAGCUGCAGUCAAUGGAGCCGCUGCUGAGAAAGCCCCACGCAUGAAGACAUUUGCCAUAUACCGUUGGAACCCUGAUGAACCCGACAAGAAAUCCACAAUGCAGGAGUAUCAAGUGGACCUCAAUGCCUGUGGUCCCAUGGUGCUGGAUGCUCUCAUCAAAAUUAAGAAUGAAAUGGAUCCUACUUUGACCUUCAGGAGGUCCUGUCGCGAGGGUAUUUGUGGCUCAUGUGCUAUGAAUAUUGGGGGAGUGAAUACCUUGGCUUGUAUCAGCAAAAUUGACACUAGAGAAGGAAAGAAUGUGAAGAUCUACCCAUUGCCCCAUAUGUAUGUUGUAAAAGAUUUGGUUCCUGAUAUGAACAACUUUUACAAGCAGUACAAAUCUAUUCAGCCAUGGUUACAAAGAAAAGAUGAUGCACAUAACCAGAAGAGUGAACUUCUUCAGAGUGUUGCUGAUAGAGAAAAACUUGAUGGAUUGUAUGAAUGCAUUUUAUGUGCAUGCUGUUCAACCUCCUGCCCCAGCUAUUGGUGGAAUGGAGACAAGUAUUUGGGGCCUGCUGUUCUCAUGCAGGCUUAUCGUUGGAUAAUCGACUCAAGAGAUGAAGCCACUGAGCAGCGUCUUGAUAAGAUGAGGGAUCCAUUCUCAGCCUUCAGAUGCCACACAAUCAUGAAUUGUACAAGGACAUGUCCUAAGAGUUUGAACCCAGGCAGGGCAAUUGCCGAGAUUAAGAAGAUGUUGGGUGGAGCAGCGAAGAAGGAAGAACCUCAUCUUAAGGCAGGUGCAGUUUAAUCAGUGAUGGUUGAAGGUUUAACUUAAGAGCUAAAGUAUUGUGUGCACUGUAUUUUAGAUAAUAAACACUCCUGUUAUGUUUGUUUACAUGUGAUGUAAAAUAAAGUCUUGUGAAGUGGUAUUUUUAUAACUGGUAGCCUAAAC